UGCGUGUAUGCGAUGACCCUGACGUCGCGGUUACGCAGCGGAAUAUGGCGGCUCAGUAGAAGGUGCGAUUGUGGAGCUGAUCGUCUCUCAGCGUUUUAACGCUGUGGGAAAUCAUUCUUUUUUUUAAAAAAAAGGAAGCUUUUGUGUUGUCCGGAACAUUUUACACAGGAACAAUUAUUAUGGGGAGGAUUUCAACAACAAAAGAUUCAAAGGAAGGUCGUAAAGAAAAAUCUGGGAAGAAUCAUCUGCCAAAUAAUUCCCUUAAGAGCAAUGAACAUUUUAACUGGGAUGAUUACUUGAAAGAAAGCGGAGAAGUUCCAGCUCCCCCACAUUGUUUUAGACAGCCAAGAAUUCCACCCAACAAUGAGUUCAAAAUUAACAUGAAGCUUGAGGCUCAGGAUCCAAGGAAUGUUACUUCAAUUUGUAUAGCUACUGUGGUUGGAAUAACGGGAGCAAGACUGCGAUUACGUCUUGAUGGGAGUGACAACAAAAAUGAUUUUUGGCGAUUAGUUGACUCAUCUGAUAUACAACCUAUUGGCACCUGUGAGAAGAACAGCGGAAUGCUACAGCCUCCACUGGGAUUCAGAAUGAAUGCUUCUUCAUGGCCAAUGUUUCUGCUUAGAACAUUAAAUGGAGCAGAAAUGGCCCCAGCAUCUAUAUUUAAAAAGGAACCUCCCAGUCCACAGCAUAAUCAUUUCAAAGUUGGUAUGAAACUGGAAGCCGUGGACCGGAAAAAUCCUCAUCUGAUUUGUCCAGCAACUAUCAGUGAAGUGAAAGGAGAUGACAUUUUUAUAACAUUUGAUGGUUGGAGAGGUGCUUUCGACUACUGGUGCAAAUAUGACUCUCGUGAUAUUUUUCCAGUGGGAUGGUGUGCUAUGACAGGAGAUAGUCUCCAGCCACCUGGUAAUAGGGUUUCUGUUUCAAAGAGUAUUCCUGCAACUCCAUCAACUCCUUCCAGAUUGACUAAAAGGACUAUGCAGUCACCACAGAAACCUGAUGAAGUGCCAACACAGAAAGGCCGUAAGAACAUUCGAGGAAAACGACCUGGGCAGUCCUCUUCAAAAAAGACCAUAGCAUCUGAAAGUAAUUUAUCGCCUAAAUCUGUUUCUUGUACUGAUCCAAUCAAACCAGCUAAAAGAGGAGCAAAGCCUGGACUUAAGAGAAAGAGUCGAACAGUACAGAGCCCGCAUCCUCCUUCACCCACCACAACAAUGGCCGAAACUGAUGUUAGCAGUGCCCAAGGACCCCAAGAUGCUGUUAGUAUUCCCAAUACAACUCCAUCAGUUUUAUCCACAGUUUGUGUGUACGUUAACAAACAUGGAAACUGUGGACCUCAUCUGAAUAAAAAGAAAGUUCAGCAGCUUCCAGAUCACUUUGGGCCAGGCCCUGUGCCAAUAGUGCUUCAGCAGGCUGUACAAGGCUGUGUUGAUUGUGCUUACCAGGCUAAAACAGUCUUCUCAUUUCUGAAGUCUGGACAUCAUGGAGGAGAGGCAAUAACCGCCUCGUUUGAUGGAGAGAAACACACAGUGAAGCUUCCAUCUGUAAAUAGUGUCUCAUUUGUAUUACGAUUUCUGGAAAAACUCUGUUACAGUCUGCAUUGUGAGAACCUCUUCAGCAGCCAACCUUUCAGCCCAUAUAUAGGAAAUGCACAUAGUCCAACAGAAUAUGAAAGAGUAAAAUCAGCCAAAGAAGAGAUAUCAGAUCCAGCUACAUUAAGCAGGGGACUAAAACGAUUUCCACAGGAAUCUCCACCAUAUACUGCUCCCCUCUCCCCAAAGCUUCCCAGAGCAGAAUCUUAUCCUUCUGAAGCUGAGGUAUUGCCUGCAGAAGAUAAUAUUACACCAAAGGAACACAAGUACUCAGAGUCCUUGGAUUCUGCUCUGAACACUGCUAAACCACCUAGCCCCUCUCAACGAAAUUCAAGUGAAUUUCGUAACUCAGGAAAUAAACUUGGUUUCAGAAAUUCAGUUGUACCAUCCUGUUCUACCUCAAACUCUGCAUCUACUUUACGAAGGAUGACUUCAAACUCAGCAGCAAAUAAUGGUUACUACGAUGUCAAUAGAGCCAGAAUGCAAAGGAGAAUAGAAGCUGCAAGUUCUACUACUGGACCUGACCUUCAUUCAACAGAACGAGAGUCUCUAAGAACUAACAGCAAAGAUCCUUCAACUUGGUCAAUUGAAGAAGUCAUGAAAUUUGUAAAGGAUGCAGAUCCCCUAGCAUUGGCACCACAUGCAGACCUCUUCAGAAAACAUGAAAUCGAUGGGAAGGCACUACUCUUACUGCGAAGUGACAUGAUAAUGAAAUACAUGGGGCUGAAGUUGGGCCCAGCUUUGAAGCUUUGUUAUCAUAUUGAAAGAUUGAAGCAUGGAAAAUACUAAGAAAAUAACGUUUCGUUUUUAACAGCUAGAUGGAAGCUUUGAUCCUGAAAGCCAUCAAUAUCCUCUAUUGUGUGCAACAAUUUUCAGAUUUCUCUUGGAGGAGCAGCUGCUUUGCUGUUUAAUGAGACUUCUAAACCAAGAAAAAUGUACAGUUUCAUCCUGCAAUGUAGAAUUUGAAAUGGCCCUUGUUUUAAUCAUUGUCAAAGAAUAUUUGUGUAAGUUUUAUUGUUGCUUUGGUAAUUUAAACAAGGGUGCAAAUUCAAAGUAAAUAUUCAAAGUUCAAAAUGCUAAAUUUUAUGCAUUUAUACUUAUGUAAAUUUGUUAAUUUUUUUUGACACAUUUCAGUCUGCAGUUUACAUACCUUUCAUUUGUAUCUUCCUUAAAAUGCAGUAGUGUUACAAUAUUUGCAAGUUUCUGAUAAUCCAUAACUACAGUUGUUUCCUGUUACCAAAAUAGCUAAAAUCCAAAGGAUAUCUACAUCAGGAUUUCACUGUGCUAAAAUAUUUAUGCAAAGCUUCUAGAUUACUAGAAGGAUUUUUGAACGAUCAGGUGUUCUUGCCUCGAUAGCAAAUCCUGUGACUAUUCUUACCUAGCUCUUCCUAUGCUCCAGUGGAGCAAUCUGUCUUCUACCAUAUGAUUUUUAUCAUAUGAUCAACCAGGCUAAUACUGUCACCCUUGAAGGGGUCAGACAGUGGUUUACACUGUUAUGCAGUAAUUGAAAACUAAAACUAGUACAAUGUUUUGGAAGGUUAUGUUUAGACCUUCAUACAUUUCUAGUAUUCUUCUUACCCUCAAUUUUUUAUAUAAUUUGUUGACUAUAUGAUUAGUCAACAUGUUUUUAUACACUGUGAGGUCUAACAUAUUGAUAGUAAUCUAUUUUACUAUCUGUGCCUGUGAAGAUAAAUUAAAUCAGGGACAAGAAUGUAAAAUUUCCUAGCCAGUAACAGUUUGAAUGUAUUUCAUAAUGAGUAAAUUAAUUGGAAGAAAUAACUAUUUUACACAAGUAUGAAGUCUGUGAAAAUAGUUUAUUUUGUUGCUGGUUGCCUUUUUAUCCAAGGUAAUUUCCUUUUAGUAACAUGAAAGCAAAUUUGUUUUGCAUUGGUAAUGACAUACUUAUGGCAAAAAUGCUUUAUGCGUAAUAAACAUUUUGUAGUUAUAUAAACUUGUGUAACUUGUGUAAGUGUAGUCAUGUUGUAAUUUAAAUAUAGUCUGUCAUUGUUUAUGAACAGUUCCAUUUUUGGUUUUAACUGAACAUUUUUCUAUUGCAGUUCUAAUAAGCAAUAGUUAAAGCACUGUACAUAAUACAGCAUCUUGGCAAGAAAUAAAUGAUUUUGGUCA